UUUAGAGCCAGUGACGCCAUAUCCGGUGAAAAUUUGUUCCUCCCUUCCCUUUUCCCAACAAGAUGAAGCACACAAACUGCAGCCCAGGUUAAAAGUUCAACCUACACUGAGGGAACCUGCACUGUGAUGAGAACAGACUUACCCCAAGGUUCAAGGGUUACCUGGGUGCAGUGUUGCCUGUUUAUUAAAGCCACACACCGAUGGUUCGGGGCUCAGUCCUGCCACGGGAGCUGGGGAAGCACCAACCCUUCAACGCCCCCCUUGGAGUUGUAAAGCAGUGAAGCAAAUCAGCUGUGCUGGCCCCUCCUUUGCGUGGACAAAGGUUCAACUCUGGCUGCACUGAUCCAGCACAAUGAUCUGGAUACUUCAGGUCUUGUUUUCACCGCUCCCAACACCAGCACUGUUUACUCUUAUUGCAUUUGGAGCUCUCAUCUUCCUCUGGGUGGUAAGCAGGCCAAAGCCUGUUUUACCUCCUGUUGACUUGAACAAGCAGUCAGUGGGAAUUGAGGGAGGAGCGAGAAGAGCUGCACUCUUGACAGAUAAUAACCUGCUUUCUUAUUACUUUGAAGAUACUAAAACCUUGUAUGAAGCUUUCCAGAGAGGACUGCAUGCUUCUGGAAAUGGCAACUGUUUAGGAUACAGAAAACCCAACCAACCUUAUCAGUGGCUGACAUACAAACAGGUUUUGGAUAGAGCUCAACAUCUGGGAUCAGGGCUUCUGCAGAAAGGAUGUAAACCAUCACCAGAUCAGUUUAUUGGCAUUUUUGCUCAGAAUAGGCCAGAGUGGAUCAUUUCUGAGUAUGCCUGCUACACUUACUCAAUGGUUGCUGUUCCACUCUAUGACACCCUGGGGCCAGAUGCCAUUCUAUAUAUUGUUAACAAAGCUGACAUAGGCAUAGUGAUUUGCGACAAGCCGGACAAGGCACAGAUCUUGCUUGAGAACUGUGAGCAAGGAAAGACCCCAUGCCUGAAGACUAUAAUUCUUAUGGAUCUCUUUGAUAAAGAGCUGAAGGAGAGAGGAGCUAAAGUGGGAGUUGAAAUUCUAGCACUACAGGAGGCUGAGGAGCUGGGAAGAAACAAUAUCAGAAAACCAGUUCCUCCUAGUCCUGAAGAUCUUUGCCUUGUGUGUUUUACCAGUGGAACAACAGGUAACCCUAAAGGUGCUAUGCUGACACAUGAAAAUGUUGUUGCAAAUGCUGCUGGCUUCCUUAGAACCAUAGAGGACACGGUUGAGUGUACAAGUUCAGAUGUCAGCAUAUCUUAUCUUCCGUUGGCUCACAUGUUUGAGAGAGUUGUACAGACUGUGAUAUACAGCUGUGGAGGAAAAGUGGGCUUCUUCCAAGGAGACAUCAAAUUACUAACAGAUGACAUGAAAACCUUGAAGCCAACAGUAUUUCCGGUUGUACCAAGACUCCUCAAUAGAAUAUAUGACAAGAUACAAAGUGGUGCAAACACACCAGUGAAAAAAUUCCUGUUAAAUUUUGCUGCAACUAUGAAGAUGAUUGAAGUGAAACAGGGCAUAAUUCGAAAUGACAGCCUUUUGGAUAAGCUAGUCUUCAAAAAAGUUCAGGAAACUAUGGGUGGAAGAGUGCGUAUAAUGGUAACAGGUGCAGCCCCUAUAUCUCCCUCUGUCCUGAAAUUUCUCAGAUCAGCAUUGGGCUGUCAGGUCUUUGAAGCUUAUGGCCAGACUGAAUGUUCAGCUGGAUGUACUUUCUCAAUGCCUGGAGACUGGACUACAGGCCAUGUUGGACCCCCACUGGCUUGUAAUAUCAUAAAACUAGAUGACGUGGAAGAAAUGAACUACUUCUCUUCAAACAAUGAAGGCGAGGUCUGCAUAAAAGGACCAAAUGUGUUCAAGGGUUAUCUGAAAGACCCCGAGAAGACUGCAGAAGCAAUUGACAAAGAUGGGUGGCUUCACACGGGAGAUGUAGGGAAAUGGAUGCCAAAUGGAACGUUGAAGAUCAUUGAUAGGAAGAAAAAUAUAUUUAAACUUGCACAAGGAGAAUACAUUGCUCCAGAGAAGAUAGAAAAUGUCUAUAUCAGAAGUGUUGCUGUAGCCCAAGUCUUCGUACAUGGGGAAAGCCUGAGGUCUUGUCUAAUAGGUAUAGUGGUUCCUGAUGCUGAGACACUUCCAGAAUUUGCAGCAAAACUGGGUGUAAAGGGUUCCUAUGAAGAUACCUGCAAAAAUCCAGCAGUGAAGAAAGCUAUUUUAGAAGAUCUGGUUAGACUGGGGAAAGCAGCUGGCCUUAAGUCCUUUGAACAAGUUAAAGACCUGUACAUACACACAGAGCUGUUCUCUGUAGAAAAUGGACUCUUGACACCAACACUGAAGGCAAAGAGAGCAGAGCUUGUUAAAGUCUUCCAGAAGCAGAUUGAAGCCCUCUAUUCAAGUAUGCAGGAAUAAGUGACUUAUUUAAAUUAUACUUCAUGGAGUAUCUAAACAAAUCUGUAACACUAUGUGACCUCUGGAGAACACAAGCUUGUGUGGAGGGGAGCAAGGAGAACUUAAAUAUAUUGUUUCUGGCAUCCUA